GGGGCCGGGCCGGGGCCCAUGGCGGGGCCGGUGCCGUUCGUGGAGGACUGGGACCUGGUGCAGACGCUGGGCGAAGGCGCCUACGGGGAGGUGCAGCUGGCGGUGAACCGCCGCACUGAGGAAGCCGUGGCUGUCAAAAUUGUGGACAUGAAGCGGGCGGCUGACUGCCCAGAGAACAUCAAGAAGGAGAUCUGCAUCAACAAGAUGCUCAACCACGAGAACGUUGUCAAGUUCUACGGGCACCGGCGGGAGGGCGCCACGCAGUAUCUCUUCCUCGAGUACUGCAGCGGCGGCGAGCUCUUUGACCGCAUCGAGCCAGAUAUCGGGAUGCCAGAGCCGGAGGCACAGCGCUUCUUCCAGCAGCUGAUCGCCGGAGUGGUCUACCUGCACAGUAUGGGCAUCACCCACCGGGACCUGAAGCCAGAGAACCUGCUCCUGGACGAACGAGACAACCUGAAAAUCUCCGAUUUUGGCCUGGCCACCGUCUUCAAACACAAUGGCCGCGAGCGGCUGCUCAACAAGAUGUGCGGCACCCUGCCCUACGUGGCCCCCGAGCUGCUGCGGCGCCCCGAGUUCAGGGCCGAGCCCGUGGACGUGUGGGCGUGCGGCGUGGUGCUGACAGCGAUGCUGGCCGGAGGGCCAUGCUGCCCUAACGCAGCGGGGUCUGCCCUGCCGGCAGAGCUGCCCUGGGACCAGCCCAGCGACAGCUGCCAGGAGUACAGCGACUGGAAGGAGAGGAAGACCUACCUCCCGCCCUGGAGGAAGAUCGACUCGGCGCCCUUAGCUUUGCUGCACAAGAUCCUGAUGGAGAGCCCGACGGCGAGGAUCACCAUCCCCGACAUCAAGAAGGACCGGUGGUACUGCAAGCCCCUGAAGAAGGGUGUCAAGCGGGCUCGCGUGUCCUCGGGUGGUGUCACCGACUCGCCCGGCGCCUUCUCCAAGCACGUCCGUUCCGACAUGGACUUCUCGCCGGUGAAGGGCGUGCUCGGCGAGGACAAGGCGAGCUACUCCACAUCGCAGCCCGAGCCUGGCACCGGCGCGGCGCUCUGGGACAGCGGGACGGGCAGCAUCGACAAGCUCGUGCAGGGCAUCAGCUUCUCGCAGCCCGCAUGCCCCGAGCACAUGCUGGUCAACAGCCAGCUCCUCGGCACCCCGGGCUCCUCGCAGAGCCCGUGGCAGCGGCUGGUGAAGAGGAUGACGCGCUUCUUCACCAAGCUGGACGCCGACGGCUCCUACCGCAGCCUGAAGGAGGUCUGCGAGAAGAUGGGCUACGGCUGGAAGAGGAGCUGCACCAACCAGGUCACCAUCUCCACCACGGACAGGAGGAACAACAAGCUCAUCUUCAAGGUGAACCUGGUGGAAAUGGAGAGCAAGAUUCUGGUGGAUUUCCGCCUCUCCAAGGGCGACGGGCUGGAGUUCAAGCGGCAUUUCCUGAAAAUCAAAGGCAAGCUCAGCGACAUUGUCAGCACCCAGAAAGUGUGGCUGCCUGUGACCUGAGCCCCAUCUGCCUCCUCCUCCUCCUCCUCCUCCUCGCCCCAGGGGGCUCCUGCAGGGCCCCCCAGCACCCACACGCCGGGGCGCCACGCUGCGAGCAUCUUGGGGACGGUGCCCGCAGGGCACAGCACGGCUCUGUGCCGGCCGCAGCUUUUAAAGGUUCAAUAAAGCCUGGGGAUCAAACAGCA